GAGACUCCAGAUGCGGGGUGGUACAAUGUGGCGAGUCCUCCUGCACUCACAGGACGCAUGAGAGCUGAGGAUAGUCGGAGCAAACUGAAGCAAAGUUGGGGUUAAAGUCAGUCUACCUCCCAGAGUGACCAUGAGAGUCCUCCUACUCAUCUGCAUGCCAGCCCUGCUGCUCGCCCAGGCUCAGUACCAGGAACCCUUUCCUUUUCUGGGUGAGUUCAUUAUUUUGUUUCCAUUAAGCUUGCGACGGGUGUACGUCAUCAACAAAGAGGUUUGCGUGAGGACUGUGUGUGCACAUGAAGAGCUGCUCAGAGCGGACAUGUGUCGUGAUCAGUUCUCUCGCUGCGGCGUGGCGGCGCUGAGCGGUCAGUGCUCAUCGAUAGGAGGAAGCUGCGGGAAGAGCUGCGGUGGCUGCUGAUGGAUUCAGAGAUCAGGGACACUACCUGCCCAGAUACUGCCACUUCUUCUUCAACCCCUCCUUAUCCUCUUCCUGCUCCCACUUUCUCCUGACUUUACCUUCUGACUCUUUCCUGUAGGCCUACCAAUUAUUACUCCUGUGCGAAAAGCACUUUUGUGUUGUGUUUAUCUUUGUCUUUUACUAUGUAUGUCUGCCCAGUAGAUCCUGUGUGUAUGGAUGAAUAUACUCCAAAGAACAUUGAUGAUUGUAUAAACCGCUGGUGCUAUAACAUCACACUGGUGCUAUAAAAAUGAAUAGAGAUGCACAUAAGACUGCGGAACAUCUUAUUUCUAUUUGUUUUUGUCAUAUUGUACCGUAUUAAUCUCAUGCUUUGUGUUUGUUGGUAUGUUACUGUACUUGUGUUGAAAAGUAGUCUCAUGAUGAGCAACCCAUCAGUGUCCCCUGUGCACUGACAUCAGAAAAACUAAUGAAUAUCCAGCCAUGGUAGAUCGUGAGAUGCGUGGUGAGAGACCUCAGUGUUUGUACUACUGCCACCUGGAUCUGUGCUUAGCAACCGAGCAGCAAGCUUACAUAAAAAAAAUACUUCAGUGGCAACAAGUGCGUUCAAAAGGCAUCUCACAAACGGCCUCUGUACUACUGCUUUGUAAAACUGUCAGAAAACUGUCACUAUAAAGACUGAGAAAAAAAAUAAACUUUUUUUUACUACAUC